CAGCAGCAAUGGGAGGCCAUACAGCACCCUAUGACAAAAUGGAACCCACCAGCAGUGUGAGGAGACCUGAAAGUGGCACAUGGCAGAGUGUGGCGAUGGAGACAGCAGCAAUGGGAGGCCGUACAGGGACCCAUGAUACACUCUGGACCUGGCAGCAGCAUGAGGAGCAGCAUGAGAAGUCGGUACGGGGGCCCAUGGCAGAUUACGGGCCUGGCAGCAGCAUGAGGAGGCGGUACAGGGGCCCAUGGCAGAGUGGCGGAGCGUAAGCAGCUAAAAUUGAAGGCCAUACAGAGGCCUAUGUUAAAAAGUCCCCCCAGCAGCAGCGUGGGGAGACGACUAUCAAGAGUCCAAUGGCAGAGUGGCGGAGCAGAAGCAGCUUCAAUUGAAGGCCAUACACAGGCCUAG